AUGCGUGCAGCGUGUAUGUGGAAUAAUGUACAGCUUGGAAAGUACGUCAAUAUCUCAUUCCACAAAGCAUUUUUAGAAGAUAUCAACGAAUCAAACACAUUCGUCCAUUUCAAAGAGUGUUCCAUCAUCCCCAUUAUGUUGAUUGGAUGGUGUGGUACUAGUCCUUCCGGGUUGGUGACUGUGGGGGCGAUGCGAUUGGCCGUUGCUACUGACGGUAUUAUUAUUGGCAGAUGCCGCAAAUGGACCCUCCAAUGGGGAUACUUCACUUUCCGAAUAUCGUUUGGUACGAUGGAAGAUUCUGGUUAAACCGUGUUGGUGAUUUGUGAAAGGUGAUAAAAGCUGAGCUCCAGGUAAGGAAUUCGCCAUUUCAGAAGGAAGGGAAUGUCGUUUGUUACUACCACCACCACUCCUAGUUGGAUGCCGACCUUUGACUUGGGAAGUGGUCUUGGAAAAAGCAUCUUCGGGCGUUUCAGCAUAAGAUGCAGAGGGUGGAGGGGUGUGAGCAUCAAUCACGAUUGCUUGGAGAAGAUCCGCUGCUGUUAUUACACCAAUCGCCUUUCCUAAGGCACCCUGACCAUUCCAACUAGCACCAGAACCUGGUUUAUCGAAUACUACCAGGCAGGGGGCCUUCUGUCGAAACAUUCUAUCCAGUACUGCAACAAGGCACUCGGAGGUGAAACAAAUCGCUUGAUUAGUGAAUCCAGAAGGCCUGGGUCGAACUGACAAGAUUGUGCCAAUUGACGCGUUUAAUGCAACGUCUAAGGGGCCAGCGAAAAUCGCUCCAAGAAUAUCGUGUUUGGUGAGCAUUCCCUGAAAGCCAGUUCCAUUUUCUGUAGCAACCGGGAGACAAGAAAGACCGGCUUCAUUCCAUGCUCUCGUGAUGAUAUGUAG